AUCCGCCACCGCCAACCGUCGCCGAACUUUGAUGGCUACUCUCCUCCUGCUUCGUGGCUAUGUCUCUCUCCCUGAGAAACUCCAUUAAAGCUCCUCCCAUCUAUCUCCGACUUCACUGUCUCUUCUCUACUUCUUCUUCCUCCUCGUUUGAUUUCAAUGGCGCAUUCUCCUCCACGUCAGCGUGGCUACUCUUUCUCGGUGGACCAGGCGGAAUCGGCGGAUGGAAAACGCUGGACCGGAAGAGUUACGGAGGACGAGGAGGAGGAGAGCAAGUGCGGAUUCCUCGUGGUAGCUCUCUGUCCUUGUCUCGUUUGCUUCAUUCUUCUGCUUAUCAUCGUCACUAUCGUUCUCAAUGUCAAGUUCCACCUUUACUGCCACACGCCUCUGCGUUCUCUAUUGUUCAAGAAGAGUUGCCAUUGAUUGCUAGGCGUGUGGUUCUGGAGUGUAGAGUCUGUUCGGAAUCGUUCAUUACGGAUCUAGGUUUUAGAGGUUUCUGUAGCAGUUCUGAUGAUAGUGUAGAAUGUGGCCAUGAGUUUGGAUCUGAAGACGACAAGGGUGAUGACGACGAUGAUGGUGAAAUUGGGGUCAAUCGUGUUGAUUCUUGUGCUGAUCCCGAAGAAGUAGAGAGAGUCUGCAAGGUGAUUGAUGAAUUGUUUGCAUUAGACAGAAACAUGGAGGCUGUUCUUGAUGAAAUGGGGAUAAAUCUGUCACACGAUCUGGUGGUAGAGGUUUUAGAACGGUUUCGGCACGCCAGAAAGCCGGCAUUUAGGUUGUUCUGCUGGGCAGGGGAGAAAAAGGGAUAUGCCCAUGAUUCAAGGACAUAUAAUUCUAUGAUGAGUAUAUUGGCAAAAACUAGACAGUUCGAGACGAUGGUUUCUUUGCUAGAGGAGAUGGGUGGGAAAGGGCUUUUGACGAUGGAUACGUUUACCAUCGCGAUGAAAGCAUUUGCUGCUGCAAAGGAGAGGAAGAAAGCCGUGGGAAUCUUCGAAUUGAUGAAGAAGUACAAGUUCAAAAUCGGUGUGGAAACGAUUAAUUGUUUGCUAGAUAGUCUUGGAAGAGCUAAGCUUGGAAAAGAAGCUCAGGUCCUGUUUGAUAAGUUGAAAGAGCGGUCCACACCCAACCUAAGGACAUACACUGUUAUGCUCAACGGUUGGUGCCGGGUGAGGAACCUGAUGGAAGCAGCUAGAAUCUGGAACGAUAUGAUUGAUCACGGCUUUAAACCCGACAUUGUGGCUCACAACGUUAUGCUCGAGGGAUUGUUGAGGAGCAGGAAGAGAUCUGACGCGAUUAAGUUGUUCCAUGUCAUGAAGUCGAAGGGCCCUUCCCCUAGCAUUCGCAGUUACACGAUCGUGAUCCGUGACCUCUGCAAACAGUCAAAGAUGGAAAGGGCUGUUGAGUAUUUCGACGAAAUGCUCGAUUCUGGAUUACAGCCUGAUGCCGCAGUCUACACAUGUCUGAUCACAGGUUUCGGAACCCGUAAAAGGCUAGACAGAAUCUAUGAAUUACUCAGGGAGAUGCAAGAAAAGGGUUAUCCUCCUGAUGGUAAAACAUACAAUGCGCUAAUCAAGAUAAUGACAAGUCAGAAAAUACCCGAACACGCAACGAGGAUCUACAACAAGAUGAUCCAGGACGGGGUCGAGCCAUCGAUUCACACGUUCAACAUGAUAAUGAAAUCCUACUUCCUGACAAGAAACCACGAGAUGGGGAGAGCGGUGUGGGAUGAGAUGAUCAAGAAAGGGAUUUGCCCGGACGACAACUCGUACACCGUUCUCAUCAGAGGGCUCAUAAGCCAGGGGAAAUCGCGAGAGGCAUGUAGAUAUCUGGAGGAAAUGCUUGACAAAGGAAUGAAGGCUCCUCAGAUUGAUUACAACAAGUUUGCUGCCGAUUUUUACAGAGUCGGAAAACCGGAAAUAUUCGAGGAAUUGGCUCAGAAGGCGAAGUUCGCCGGCAAGUUUGCGGCAUCGGAGAUCUUCGCUAGAUGGGCUCAGAUGACAAGAAGAAAGUUUAAAGAGAGAUUCAUGGAAAACCGAGAGAAGCAUUUCUGAGGGUUUUCUCUAUUUUGUGUCAUGUGUUUUUAUAUAUUGUUUUGUGAUUCAUAACUUCAUGUUGUAUAUUAUUUUUUCAGUUUAACAGAGAGAGAUUGUGAGA